UAGACUGUAGAGCGUCUACAGCGACAGCACAUAUGACAGGCAGAAGUAAGGGCUGAUGAAACAUUGGAGCAGUGUGAAAAGCGACAGCAAGUUACAAUCCAUUCAAAGAACACCAGGCAGCAGAGUACUAUGGGGCUCCAGAAUCAGGAACAGACCAUCAAACUGCAGCAGAUGAUGAAGGAACCUCUCAAUAUGGAACAGACAAUCGAACUGAAGCAGAUGAUGGAGGAACUCCUCAAUAUGAAAACCAAGCUGCAGCACAAGAUGGAGGAGCUCCAGAAGGAGGAACAGACCAUCAUACUGCAGCAGAAGAUGGAGAAGCUACUGAAUAUGAAAACCAAGCUGCAGCAGAAGAUAGAGGAGCUCCAGAAGGCGAACACUGAGAUGCAGCAUUCUGAUGAGGAGCUCCAGAAUCAGGUAACUUUACUUAAUUUACAAUAA